UUGGUUGCAUCUGCAGCUAGUUUCGGGCAUGCUUCCAUGCCUGUGACUUGCCCGUUCGAGAAACGGUUUGGAGCGAGGACGUAGACGUACAUACCGGCGCGACCACUCUUCACCCUUGGGAGCAGGCACAGAGCACGGCAACCAGGCCAGCUCACGGACCGAGCAUGCGUGCACGAGGCUGGAGAAAGGUUGCUGAGGUGGUUCUACUUGCGGUAAUAGUCACGCAUGCGUUGCUAUGCCCCUUCACCAAGGUGGAAGAGAGCUUCAACAUUCAGGCAAUCCACGACCUGCUGGUGCACCGCCAAGACCUGGCAUCCUACGACCACAACGAUUUCCCAGGAGUGGUCCCCAGAACGUUCCUGGGAGCCGCCGUAGUCGCCACCGUUUCAUCGCCGUUUCACAUCGCCGUGGAGGCGUUCUUCGCGGACCUUUCCACCAGGCUGGCCUCCCAGGUUGCUGCCCGCCUAGCCCUGGGGCUUCUGUGCUGGCUAGCGUUCCGGCGUUUCAACUCCGCGGUGGCAUUUCGGUUCGGGGAUGCUCCGGCCGGGUGGGCAGCGGGGGUGUGGGCCCUCCAGUUCCACCUGCCGUUCUACAUGAGCCGCACCCUGCCCAACGUGUUCGCGCUGUGCGUCGUCCUGCUAGCGCUGCAGGCUUGGCUGCGAGACAACGUGCCUCGGGCCCUGGGUCUGUUCACCGUGGCCACCUUGGUCUUUCGGUGCGAUGUGGUGGUCUUGCUUGGGCCCCUGACGCUGCAGCUCCUGCUGACGGGGCGGGUGCGCCCCUUGGAAGUGAUCACGGCCGGACUCAUGUGGGGCAUUCCGUCUUUGGUGGCCUCCUUCCUGCUGGACUCGGCGCUCUGGGGAAGGUGGGUGUGGCCCGAGAGCCAGGUACUGCUCUUCAACACGGUGGCCAACCGGAGUUCGGAGUGGGGAGAAAUGCCGUUCUACUGGUACUUUGUUUCCGCGCUACCACGAGCACUCUCGGGCACGGCCCUGCUCAUACCGAUCGGCCUUCUUAGAGACCCUUCGCGGCCCCUCCAGCUGUUGCGCCGACCCGCAGCAGCGGAGGCCAUUAUCGACUCCCAGGUCUUUUCGUACUUCCUGCCUGGGGUAGCCAUGGUGUCCCUUUAUUCGGCGCUGCCGCACAAGGAGCUGAGGUUCGUAUUCCCGGCGCUGCCGCUGUUCAAUCUUGCCGCCGGGGUGGGCAUGUCCAAAGCCGUCCGAGGCAUACUUUCCGCCAAGGCGAAGGACAAGGACAAGGACAACGACAACGACGGCAAUGGCGGUGGCAGGACCAGGAGUAACGCCAGAUAUCAAGUUACAAGCAGCGGCAACGGCCGGGGCGAGGCAACGGGAAAAGACAGAACCGUCAUGGGGCGUUUAUUCCUAUGCGUGGUAGUGGGCCUGGCCUUGAUCGCCACCGCGGGAACAACCGCACUGGCCCUCACCGCCUCGUCGGCCAACUACCCGGGAGCCCUGGCGUUGGAGGCUUUGCACCGCGUGAUUGACGCCGACCACCGGGAAUCAGUGAAGGACGUCUUGGUCCACGUGGAUGUACAGGCGGCGAUGACGGGGGUGUCGCGGUUCGGACAGCGCAAAAAGGGGGUGGUGUACUCGAAGCAGGAAGAAGGAGUGGAUUUCUCCAAGUUCGACUUUGUCGUCACGAGCGACCCCACCAAACACCGCCUUCUGGACCUGUUUGAGAUCCGGGAAACGAUCCAGGGCUUCGAGAGCAUAACCCUCAAGCGUUUCUGGCAAGAGCAGGGCGAGGAGAACGACGUGGUUGAAACGGUCGGCAGCCAAGGGGCGAUGGAUGAGUUGUUUGGAAGAGUCGUUAGUGUUUCCAUGAGGGACAAGAUGUACGUGAUGGCGCGAUGGUUCCCUCCCCCACCGCGCGAGGAUCUGGUGUAG